AGCCUCACAUUGUUUAUCUUGUAACUAAAAGAUUAUACAAAUUCUUAAAAUAAGCCUUGAUAAUUAAAUUGUUUGGUAAUGGCUAGCAACAACGUGGAAUGGGUUCCCGGCGACCUUGUGCCGUUGAACUUUGGCAGCCAACUGACCCGCCAUGACUUCGGGAAGGACUUUAUCUUUGGUGCUGCCACUUCUUCGUAUCAGGUCGUGGAAGGAGCUUACGACCAGGGUCGCCGGGGUAUGAGCAACUGGGAUGCUUGGAGCUUGCUCAAACCUGCUAAAGUGAAGGACGGAGGCAACGGUUGUGUUGCUAUUGAUCACUACAACCUUUUUAGAGAAGAUGUGAAAUUGAUGAAGAAAAUGGGGUUAGAUUAUUACAGGUUUUCAAUUUCGUGGUCUAGAAUAUUGCCAGGUGGUAGAUUGAGCGCUGGACUGAACAGAGAGGGUGUCAAUUUUUAUAAUCAACUCAUUGACUUGUUGCUCGAGGAAGAUAUUAAACCACUUGCCACAAUCUUUCACUUUGAUGUCCCCAAAUGCUUGGAAGAUGAGUACCAAGGCUUCUUGGAUAAUAGGAUUUUGCAAGACUUUGCAGAGUACGCAGAGGUAUGCUUUUUCGAGUUUGGUGAUCGGGUUAAAAUGUGGGUGACGGUAAAUGAACCGAGCACAUAUACGACGUUGGGCUAUAUAACGGGUACUUUCCCGCCGGGCCAUGGGGCCCCCAAUGAGCAUUUGGGCCUCAAUGUAGUUAAGCAUAGGCAUUGCUUGGACAUUGACCAGACUUGUUAUGGUGGGGAUGCGGCCACUGAGCCCUACAUUGUGGCCCACAACUUGAUCUUGGCCCACGCCAAGGCCGUCGAUAUCUAUAGGAAAAAAUACCAGGCCGUCCAAGAGGGCAAAAUCGGUAUUGUAACGGCAAUCAAUUGGUACCAUCCUUACUCGACCAAGCCAGAGGACAUUGCUACUACAGAAAGAGCUAUUGAGUUUGUGUUGGGAUGGUAUAUAGAGCCUCUGGCGCUUGGACAUUAUCCCCUUAGUAUGCAAAAGCGAGUGGGUGAGAGGCUACCAAAGUUCUCAGAUGAGGAAAGAGAGUUGGUACUUGGAUCAUACGAUUUUAUUGGGCUCAAUUAUUACACCACCAAUUGGGCCGAGUACAAGCCCAAGCAACCUGGUGACCCCAUAAAUUACUACACGGAUCAGGAAGUUGAAUUCCAUACUGAACGGAAUGGAGUUCCCAUUGGCCCUCAGGCUGGUUCGGAUUGGUUGUUUGUUGUCCCUGUCGGGAUAUACGAACUUCUCACUUACGCCAAGAAAAAAUACAACGAUCCCAUCAUUUACGUGACAGAGAAUGGAACGAACGAGAAAUUCGACAAGACGCUCCCACUGUCGAGUCUUCUUCACGAUGACGCUAGGAUUCAGUACCAUCAACAGCACUUGGCCUUUGUGAAACUAGCCAUGGAUAGAAAUAAGGUGAACGUGAAGGGGUACAUAGUGUGGGCCUUGUUCGACAAUUACGAAUGGGCUGAAGGAUACUCGGUCCGGUUUGGGAUGUACUAUGUGGACUACGUAAAUGGGCUGACAAGGUACCCAAAGCAGUCGGCUAUAUGGUUCAUGAACUUUCUGAACAAGAAGAAGCUCUUGGGGCCCAAGAGACAGGUGGAAGAGGAAAAACCAGUCGGGAAAAGAAAGAGGAAUUAAUGAAUAAGGUGUUUGGAUUUGGUGUAUGCUCUGUAGACUUAUGUAGCCUAUGUUUGUUGUUUGUGUUUUCUAAAUAAGCGCAUUAGGAACCUCUUGUAGGUUCAAUGUGUGGGGGAUAUAAUUGGGAACCUCUUGUAGCAUAUCCCCCCUCAGCUUCUACUUCGUUUAUAAAAAUAAAGGUGAAAAAAUGACACAAGUUAGUGGUCAAGCACACUUCUCUUUAAGCUUCCGUUCCAUACCAAGUCUUCAUCUAGCAUGUAUUAAUGGCAACACACAAACACACUACUAACUUGUUGAAGAAUGGCAGGUGGUGCAGCAGUUUCAUAGGCCAUAGUCAGCGUGUAAUAUUUGUAAGCAUCAUAUGCUUCCACGCCAUGCUGUUACUGAUUUUCGACAUAGUCAACGUGUAAUAAUUGUCUUUAUCGCAUUUUCGAACAAGUGCAAGGGCAUCUUUCUUCAAGCUAGGCCAAAAUACUAAGAGGCCAUCCCUCAGAUAGGGUACACGACAGAAUUGCUCACAACUUAUUUGUUACCACAAUUUAGGCAUGGACUUCGCUAGGUCAAGCAAACAUGUAAACAAGUCUGUACUUUCGGCUCAAAGGUAUGUUCUUUUGUUCCAUAGGCAGGAAUAAACUACACAAGUUUCUGUCCCAUGACACUUUCGUGUAUCCAUGCCCACUCCAGACAAAAUAAAAAAAGGAAAGAAGAUAAAUGGAAAAAACACCAGAAUUACAAAAAUUUCUUGGAUUUUACCUAUACGAUAGGUUGUAACGAUUUGAAAACAAUUCAACAUGAUUCCAAAUCUGCCCACGAUAUGGACGUGUAGCUAUACUCGGAUCAUAAAAUAGUACGAUCUUACGAUUAGAUCAAGAAACUGACAACCUUGUGGACAAGAUAGCAUGCUAUAAGACAUUCCAUAGCUGAACAGAGUACAGUACAUGGUAUUAUAGCAGUGUUCCUACAUUGUUACAGAGGAAAAUCAAUGUAUGUGCAUAUCAUCU